AUGAAUAUGUGCUCCAAGUGCCACAAAGACACGAUUAUGAGGCAGAAACACGCUAAACUUGCAAAUUCUUCCAUUGAGGACUUGGUUAAUGGCGUCUCAAGUAGUAUUGUGAAAGAGCCUGUCAUGACUGAUGCAACUGAUGUGCACACUAGAGCAGUGGAGUCGAAGGACGCAUCUAAACACACGUCGUCUGAUUUAUAUUCAGAGCCACCACCACCUCCGGACAAGACGCCACCACAUCUCGCCCUCACGCAGAACACGAUCUCUCUAACUCAUCUCCCUCACGAAGAACACUGUCGUCGCCGCUAUGAAGAGCCACCACCACUGCUGGAUAAGACGCCACCACCUAGCGGCGUCGCUAGCCCGACACUCCGAGACGUCGAACGACCAUUACUACCGCACAAGGGGCCACCGGCGCACGUUGGGUUUCAAUCAAUAGGACCCAUUUUUGAAACGGAAGAUCCUGAAUCGAUUUCUAAUUGGCUGUUUUCGGCUCCAAUCCUACAAUCCUCUCUUUACACUUGUUGA